AUGAGUGCCGAAAGCAUCAACAUCAUCACCAUUGACUUCCCCGAUCCCGACCGCACCGAGACUAUAGAUGAUCACUUCGAUCCACUUCCCGUACGCUCAUCUGAGAAACUCUUGCACCUCAUACCAGAUCACGAACUAAGUAACCACCAAUUACAGUCGAACGAGUCCUUCUACUUUCCCGUUCCGAACAUACAAACACUCUCUUCGAAAGGCGUUGAGCGUGGCGACGACCCAUAUGGCCUCCUGUAUAUACCUGCCUUACAGACAGACGAAUGCAGAGACUCCGAGAAGCAGUAUGUACCGCAAAAUGCCACACGCCUAGCCAAUCUUCCGGCGAAUUCCGGAUAUGCUCUCAUCGCCGUUGCUCCGUGGUUCUCUCCUCUGUGUAUGAAGGAGUAUUUCGCGACGGCCCGAAAUGAGCCGGUGAAGGCGUUCAUCGUGUACCAACCGAACCCAAAUUCAACCGCAGUACCACCAGAGACGAAUGAUCAAGCAUGGGCCUUGAACGAUGGUGGAAGCUGGCAAUACAAUAAUCAGUUUCCGACUUACGCUGUGCCUGGAGCAAGCGGUUACCUGAUAGCCAGCAAAAUGAGCGAUUAUUCGGGCAACAUGUCAACUGUGCCAUAUGGGGACUCUCUCAAGGAUCAGUUUGAAGAAUCAGACUAUGUUCGAUUAUGGGCGAAGGUUACGGCUGAUUCUGGCACUCAGCUUCCCAGCCUAUGGGUCUUUCUGGUCAUAGUCCUAGGCCUGCUCAUACUGAUCAUCGGAGCCACCUCUUUUUGCAUGCAUGUCGUACAAAGAAGGCGACGCAAUGCCCUGCGACGACGUGUCAUCAACGGCGAGGUAGACCUUGAAGCUCUGGGGGUCAAACGCCUUACCGUGCCUGCAGAUUAUCUGACAAAACUUCCUGUAUUCGCUUACCUUGGGGAGUCUGAACGCGGUGAAAAGAGUAUGUCCCAGGCAUCCACUACCGUCGAUGCUGAGACAAGUCUGAAGGGGGUUCCGCUGAGUCGACGAUCGUCUGCUCCAGAGGCUCCUUCCACAACGCGUGCUUCCGCUAUCUUCUCACAGCCUACUUGUCCCAUCUGUCUGGACGAUUUCGAACCCAAUGAGUCGCAAGUCAGGGAGCUACCUUGCCGGCAUAUAUUUCAUGUCGACUGCAUCGACCCUUUUCUGCUCAACAACAGCAGCCUUUGCCCGAUAUGCAAACAGAGUGUGUUGCCACCUGGGUAUUGUCCGCCGAAGAUCACCAAUGUCAUGGUCAGGCGAGAACGAUUGAUCAGCCGCAGACGAACACAAAACGCGCCAGGUCACAACCAUUCACCGGGUAACAUUGUGGCCCGCCUCCCAGGGGCGUACGACUCCCUCCGCGCACGAGUAGGCAGGACCUCUGGCGGCCGCAGAAUGUUUAGCGCACCAACGAGAACGCAAUCACGGCCAUUAGAUAUUGAAAUGACCUCGGGGGCGCCUCCGGUCCCUGCUGUGCAGCCGGCCCCCACCGCAACCGUACUUCCAGAAAUCGUUGCAGCGCCGGAGCCUACACGUCAGAACACUGCGGAAGAGUGUCCGCCGGAACCUCCGUCUCAAUACCCGCAACAGCGCCGAGAAUGGGCUCGGCAACGGGCUCUAGCCCUUCUUGGGAACCGGCAUGCACCGCAUGAUGCUGAAGAGGAAGAACAGAACCGUUCGCGGUGGAGACGUGGCUUGCAUAAGAUUUUCCCAGGCUUCGGAUGA